AUGAUGCAAAGUUUGCCCAAUGACACAGUCUCGUCGGUGUAUUCGAAGGUCAUCGAUCGGGCAUUGAGUCGAUUCCAGACCGAGCUACGACGGGAGGAUGAGGAAGGGAGGGGUCGGGCUAUACGUGCUGACGUUCUGGGAGCUGUUAGAACGAGGUGGAUGCAUUUAACUAAGGAAUGCUAUUGCAAUGAAGGACGGCUCCCGGCUGGAUUGAAGAGACCAGCUAGUGCUGGAUCUGAAAAUGGUGAAAAUAACGUCAAAAAACUCCGGGUGGAGCGUGAAAAAACGGCCAACGAUUCUGAUGACGAAGAUGACGACUUUGCAGAUGAAUUCGAUGAUGCUGAGUUUGUCCAUGCUACAGCGGCUGGUCAGAAGGCCUCAGCUGAGGAACAUGAUCGAGCGGUAGCGGCUGAGACGAGGGAAAGGGAAAAGGAGGAGAGGCAGAAGGAAGUUGAGAGGAAACAGUUCGAGGCCUGGUCAAAGAUAGAAGGGGAGCUGAUAGACGAGGAACGGUUGUUGGCUGAAGAGGAUGCGUGUUGGAAAAUGGUUCCGGAGCCUGAGAAAUGUCCGGUGAAAAUCUAUGGGAAUGUUGAGGUUACUGAAAUGGGUUCUAAUAAAAGAAGUAAAUGGAAUGUGUCAGCUGAUAGGAUUCUGGUGGCUUCAGCCAGGGGGGAAUGGCUUGCCUCUAGCAUGGAAGGUUCUUUUGUGCAUCUAGGAGCGGAAACCGCUGAGUAA